AUGGCGGGCCUGCCGUACAAGGUGUACCCGGGCCACGAGGGCGUGCUGACGGAGAAGCGCAAGCAGCGCCGCAUCCGCACCACCUUCACGUCGGCCCAGCUGAAGGAGCUGGAGCGCGCCUUCCAGGAGACGCACUACCCCGACAUCUACACGCGGGAGGAGAUCGCCAUGAAGAUCGACCUCACAGAGGCCAGGGUACAGGUUUGGUUCCAGAACCGGCGCGCGAAGUUCCGCAAGCAGGAGCGGCUCGCGCAGCAGAAGGGCCCGGCGGCGGGACCGGGCCAGCAGCAGCAGCCGCCCCCGGCCACCAAGGAGGGCGCGGGCGCCGCCGCCAAGACGCCGGGGGCGGGCUCCGCCUCCACGCCCCCGGCCGCCGCCACAGCAGCCGCCGCCUCCUCCGCCAAAGACGCCGCCGCCAAGAUAGCCGCGGACGUCAAGGCGCUCAACGGCAGCGGUGCCCGUAAUCAACAGACAUAA